AUGUCUGCCAGUCCCAGCGAGCCACGGGCCGAGAGACAGAAGAGGCCACGAAAGAAAAGGCAGCCCAAGGCAUGCUAUCCUUGUCGCCAGCGGAAGAUCAAAUGCGAUGGCGGCCUUCCAUGUCACAGUUGUGCUUUACGAGGCGAGGCUCGACUUUGUUCCAUGGAACCACAUUCAGUGCUAACGUCACGCCCUCAAUCAUUUGAGUCUCCAUCGAAUUCACCUCAGAUAUCUGUCCCCGGAAGCAACACGUCUUGGGACACCCAAAACGCUUUUCGUGCUAAUCCGAGCGAGGAAAGCGAGAGAUCCCCCGUGAUGCUAGAACAACUGGACACUCAUUCAGUAGAAGCCUAUCAAUCGACGUCGGCGACUAUGUUGCUGUCAGACUCGUCGGCCGCAGUCUCAAAUAAUGUCACAGUAGAUCGGCCGCCUCCCCAAGAAACGUCUAUAUAUGACCCAGACCAUCUAGACAGAAUUUGGUCGCAACUUAUGAGUGACGGCUCGAAGGCCCGCUUCCAAUUGCAGGAUUUAUAUUCUCCACGGAAAUCUAUCGCGGAACUUUGCCUUGCCCUGCCGUCUAACGUUCAAAUUCAGAGAUACUAUCAAAUGUAUUCCGAUAUUCUUCUGCCUAUAUACCCCGGAAUAGUGAAUCCAGACCUAUUUGAAGCUGAGCUACAAGUCCUUCUCGAUGACAGAGAUCGAAUCAUAGCAAGCGCCGAUGAACCAUCUCAUCCUUUGCAUCCACAUGACGCCUCGUGGUUUGCGUUGUUGUUUGGUGUUCUUGCCUGUGGCGCGCAAUGCUUGAGCACUAUGGAAAAUGAGGCUGAACUCAACUCAAAAGUCUUCGGAAGUAUCUCGUUCACAUGCCUGCGCCAAGGCAAUUUUUUGGCCUCUCCUACCAUCAACUCAAUCCAAGCUUUAUUACACAUUGGAAGCAGCUUGCGCAAUGAUAUGAAUCCCGGCAUUGCGUGGUCUCUGCUCGGUCUCACCAUUCGCCAGGCACAGAUUAUUGGAUGCCACGAAGAGCAGGCAUUGCUAGCUAAUCCCAAGAAUGAUCUAGCCAUAAUGAAAAUAAAGCUUUGGUGGGCUGUAGUCUGGCAGGACACGAUCCUAACCCUAUGUUACGGUCGUCCAUCUGGAACCCUGUCAGUGAAGGCGCGGCUUCCCCCGAUCGAUGCAAAUAGCAAAUACACGUUUACAGAUGUAAUCGACCGCAUAUGCAACGUCUGUCUUGACUUUUUUCGCCAACGAUUACUGACAGAAGAGGUCGAUAAUGCUCUGUUUCGCGAGAUUGCUUAUCGGCUGGUGCGGCAGAUUGAGGAUAUUCCUCUCAAAGCGCAACCGCAUUUGCUCUCAACUGCUAAUUGUUUGAAUGUCCAACAACACGUCGAAUAUUUUGCAGUCGUCAUUUACAUAAACCAUUCCGCCGCUCAUAUUCUCCAGUCAACGUUGCCAGAACCUUCUCAAGACGACGACGAUGAGCAUCAGAUAUCUGAUGUCAUUGUUGAGAAGAGUAUGGCCAUUGUGGAAGCCUUUCUUAGGUUACGUCAGUUGUCGAUAUUGUCGAGUCACUACUGGUCCCUUUUGCAAGCGUCGGUCACUGCUGCUAAGACUCUUAUGACUCGAGGACGCACAGCUGAUAGGCCAAAGAUGGGUCAUCUGGUGAAGGCGCUGAUAGUGUCUCUGAAAAGCAGCUGCAAUGAAACCAUAAGCGUUGUAAAUGGUUUCAGUACGAGUUUAUCACAAACAGUAGCAGACUUGACAAUGAUCCUCGAGAGUUGA